AUGAGAGGAAGCUCGUUCCACAGGGAGAGAUUGUCCCUCUACGUUGUUCUUGGUCUUCUGCUUCCAGGAAGAAGCAGUACUCUCACCAUCAAUUGCACUAAGUUUGGCCAGUAUGGGGCAUAUCCCGCUGUUCUGGAUUCAGUGUUUGAUAGGAAGGCCUUCCGUCCAGCCACCAACUUCAGCAUCCCCACUAUAGUCAACAUCUCCUUCACUUUGUCUGCCAUCCUAGAUGUGAAUGAACAGCUGCAGCUCUUGUCAUCAUUCCUGUGGCUGGAAAUGGUCUGGGACAACCCAUUUAUCAGAUGGAACUCAGAGGAGUGUGCAGACGUCAUGAGGAUCAGUGUCGCAGCUGAGAACCUGUGGCUCCCAAGCAUUUUGAUGGUUGAGUUCAUGGAUGUGGAUAAGACCCCAAAAGGCCUCAAAGCGUACAUAAGUAAUGAAGGUCGCAUCACGUAUAAGAAACCCAUGAAGGUGGUCAGUAUCUGUAACCUGGACAUCUUUUACUUCCCUUUUGACAAGCAGAACUGCACACUCACCUUCCGCUCAUUCCUCCACACAGUGGAUUACAUGUUGUUGGGCAUGGAGAAAGAAGUGUGGGAAAUGUCAGAAACGUCCCGGGACAUUGUGCAGACCAACGGAGAAUGGGAGUUCCUGGGCAUCAACAAGGCCACCUCAAAGAUGUCCAUGGGUACCAGCCAGUAUGAUCAGAUCAUGUUCUAUGUGGCCAUCAGGCGCAGGCCCAGCCUCUAUGUCAUAAACCUUCUGGUGCCCAGUGGCUUUCUGGUUGCGAUUGACGCCCUCAGCUUCUACCUGCCGGCAGAAAACAAGAAUCGUGCCCCAUUCAAGAUAACGCUUCUGCUUGGCUACAAUGUCUUCCUGCUCAUGAUGAAUGACUUACUCCCCACCAGUGGCACCCCCCUCAUCAGUGUCUACUUUGCCCUGUGUCUGUCCCUGAUGGUGCUCAGCCUGCUGGAGACCAUCUUCAUCACCUACCUGCUGCACCUGGCCACCACCCAGCCCCCACCCAUGCCUCGGUGGCUCCAUUCUCUGCUUCUACACUGCACCAGCCCAAGGAAAUGCUACCUUAUUGCACCCCAGAAGGGAAACGAGGGCCUGGGCCUCACCGCUGCCCACCUGCCUGGUGUGAAGGAGCCAGUGGAGUUGGUGGGGCAGGUGCCAGGUCCCAGGAAGGAAGAGUUAAAUGGCAGCCCUGGGUCAACAAGGGCCCAGCAGGAAGAUGAGGCUCAGAAGCAGCACUUGGUCAGCCUGUGGGUGCAGUUCAGCCACACGAUGGACACCCUGCUCUUCCACUUCUACUUGCUUUUCAUGGUCGCCUCUGUCGUCAUGGUCAUUGUCCUCUGGAACACCUAG